CACUGCCUGUCAGAGAUGAUCCUGCCUCUGUGUAUAAAUCCUUGUUAUUUUGCCUGUGAGCAGGGAGACGAGAUUGAGCAGGUGAGGGUGCUGCUACAAAUACGGGUCAAGAUGGAGGCUCUCUGGGAGGAUAUCUACAGCGACACAACACUGCUGGAGGAGUUGGCACCCAUUGCAAUUGACUCCGCUUUGCUGCAGGGGGUUUUGAUGAGGACGAAAGCGAGUCCAAACUCAUCGGAUGUUGUGAAUUUUGCCCCAUUGACCCUUCUCCCAUCCCCUGUGCCCAAAGCUCUAUUUGAGCAAGCCAAGAGUGUGCAGGAAGAUUUUAAUCUGUUGGUGGAUCGGAUCAGCCAGGACACGGACUUCUUGGAAAAGGCUCUUUCCAGCACCGCCAAAGUGGAUGAUUUUAUCCAACGGCUAUUAAAAAUCCAAAGGCAAGUUAAGAAAGAAGGUUGCGAACAGGAGGUGUUUUUGGGCAUUAAUCGAUCGGACUACAUGUUUGAUUGUAGAGAUGACGGGACGCCUGCUCUAAAACAGAUCGAGAUCAACACCAUUGCUGCCAGUUUCGGGGGACUUUCCGCCCGGGUCCCUGAAGUUCAUCAACACGUGCUAAAGGUUUUGAAGAAAUCCGAAGAAGCGAGCAACAUCUUACCCAACAAUCCAGUUGAGGGGAUCGCUUGGGGCAUUGCAAGUUCCUGGGCAGUGUACGGCUCAACCAGUGCUGUUGUUCUGUUCCUGGUUGAGAACGUGCAAAGGAACAUAUUGGAUCAACGCUGUAUAGAAAAUGAACUGAUGAAAAGAAACGUCCGCACAAUCAGAAGACGCUUAGCCGAUGUGUAUGAGAGAGGAUCUCUAGACAAAGAUAGAGGCCUGUUCCUGGAUGGAUACGAAAUUGCAGUCGCCUAUUUUCGAACUGGAUAUGUGCCUCAAGAUUAUACAGAGCAGGAUUGGGAGGCACGGCUCAUGUUGGAAAGAUCCAGAGCUACAAAAUGCCCAGAUAUAGCAACACAACUUGUUGGCACAAAGAAGAUCCAGCAAGAACUGUGCCGCCCACACAUUCUCGAGAAAUUUCUUCCAGACAACCCUGAGGCAGUUGCUCGAAUCAGAGAAACCUUCGCAGGCUUGUACUCCUUGGAUACGGGUGAAGAAGGAGAUGAAGCCGUGAAAGCGGCUCUUGCAAAUCCAGACCAAUUUGUGCUGAAACCACAGCGGGAAGGAGGAGGCAAUAACCUGUAUGGGGAAGAGCUGAAAGCAAAACUGGAGGAGUGCAAAGAUAGUGAGGAACGGAACUCCUACAUAUUAAUGGACAAGAUCAAUCCCAAGACAACAAAGAACUGCCUGCUGAGAGCGGGGGGCCCUGUGCAGAUAUCGGAGUGCAUCAGUGAGCUGGGCAUGUUCGGCGUCUAUGUCAGGCGCAGUGGUGAAAUGAUCUACAACGAGCAAGUGGGUCAUCUCCUACGGACAAAGGCCAUAGAACACGCUGACGGUGGAGUAGCUGCAGGCGUGGCUGUCUUAGACAACCCUUACCUGGUAUAAUGUGGCCUGUGAUGCAGGAAAGGGGGGUGCCAUCAGAAAUCUUGGGUCCAAUGCUGUGGCUUCCCUAGGAAAGGGAUCCCCCCACCUCUCUUGGACCUACUGCAGCACUUUUGCCUUCACCAUAGAUGGCGGGCCAGGUGGUCCAACUCAACUACUUAACGUGCCUAUUAUUCCUUCUGCUAAGCAUAAUCGGUUCUGAUAUUCACUGCACUAUUUAACCUCAAUGUCUUAGCAAGAAAAGAAGUCCUAUGUUACUUCAGUGUUCCAGUGGGCUGAAUAUAUAUCCCAGUGCCUUAUCCGAUUGCCAGGGUGUGCGGAAUCAUUUCGAUCAGUUAAUGUGCCCAUGCUGCCAGCAGGUGAGAGAGGUUUGUGUGUGCAGCUAGAGUGUCGUUGUUUGUGAUAGGCUAUUGAGUGGAACAUAAUUCAUCUCUAAAUGGCUACCAGUAAGACCAUCCUGGCCAAUACUUUCCGUUUCAUAUGUUUUUAGCCCCCCAUCAUUGCUUUAUCCGCAGGGCGAGGAUCUGCUGUGUGUGACAAUAACCUUAGGGUGUUAAAGAAUCUUGGGCUGGAUCCUUCUCUCUCUCUGAUAACACAGGGUUAGUUGAUGUCUAUGCAGUGGAGAUUGGGUCUACUGGGGGGAAAGCCGGGUCAGCUCUAGUCUUAAUCAAAAUAAUUAAUAUUUUGUGCUCCAUUCUGCAACACUAAAGUAACCUGGGUUACACGUUAGCAUGGAAACAACCAUAUCUUUUGCUUCAAUGGACAUUAGAACCCUGCACGUAUAAUCUAUUAACCAUCUUGUUCUGUUUGUAUGUCAAGUGUUUGUUUCAUGUAUACAUUGUUCUAUUGUACAGUGCUGUGGAAUAUGUUGAUCCUUUAUAAAUAAUUAAAAACAAAUAUGAAAAUAAAA